CAGGUAGUGUUAAGUGAAAAAAAAAUCGGUUUAUGGUUCAGUCAUGAAUAGCAUAAAGUACAAUUGUUAGGAGUUGGGGAGGGAGAGAUCAGGGUAUAAAUAGGCUCGUCUCUGGUGGGAUGAGCAUCAAUCUCAUCUCUACUCCUGAAGCGUUGAGAACAGUGUGUUCCAAGCCAGCUCAGCAACAACAUCAACAACUGCAAGAAACUCUAUUGGAUUACAAAAAUUGUGAAUUGUUAAUUGUUCCCGUUUUAAUAAACACAGUGCUCAAUAAACAAGAAAAUGGAUUUACCAAGUUGCAACGAAAUCAAGCCGAUCGCCAUCGCUCAUUUGCAAGGUCUGCAAUUGAGUCCACCGCUGACUCCUGAGGGUCAAUCGUAUUUAGAAUAUAACACUUCCUCACCGGAAAGCAACAACAGCCAAGGCACCAUCACCGAACCUCCAAGACGAUACCGCACCCAAUACUCGCCAGAUCAACUAGCAAACUUGGAGAAGGAAUACAAUAGAGACAACUACGUAACACGGCAGAAGCGCAAGGAACUUGCGGAUAUGCUGGGACUUCACGAAAGCAAAAUUAAGGUUUGGUUUCAAAACAGAAGGAUGAAGGAUAAACGCACCAGGGUCGUCUAUCCGUGGCCGUACGCACCGUUGGUCUGCAACGAGCCCUUCCUGCAAUCGAGAGUACACAACACGAUGCCGAUGCCGAGCGUGUUACCUCCGUAUACGCCGUUCUACCAUCCUUAUCAUCAUAUGACACCGACGUUCGCACAUCACCAGAUGCCUCUGCCGUUGCCACUUUCAACGUUAAACUCAUCUUCACAUCUGACACAUCUGCAGCACCUUCCUCAAGCUUUUCAAAUCAACCUGGACAUCCCCUACAAAGUGGAAUCGCCGUCGCACUCUGAAUCUUCAACUAUCAGUCCUUAUUCCGAAAGUCUCUUAGUGCCAUCAACGAAACUCGUUCAUAAAGUCGAAAGAAAAAUGCCAAAACUCUUCCAACCUUACAAUUUAUGUAAAUAAUAUGAUUAUUUAUGUCUGGUUUGAGUACUUAUUAGUCACUGUUUUAA